AUGCCCCCUUCCCGCACUCAGUCUCCCAAUCCGACGAUGGACAUUCUCAGCUCCGUCAGGCGGAUCGAUACCUCGUUGAAGACCCAGAACCACUCCCGAUACGCCGUACAGCACGAGCUGGCAAACCUCCGCGAAGCGACAACGAGAAUGCAGCAGCUCCUCUACAAGUCGGUAAAAUACAUGAUGGAGCGCAACACGUUUGCCUCGAAUCUGGAGGAAGUCAAGAUUGACAUUGACGACACGACGGCCAAGAUUCGAGAGCUGCAGGAGAAGGAGAAGGCAGCCAAAAACGAGGGCACACCCGAGGCAAUGAGCGAGUUCAACACAAAGUACGGUGAAACUCUGGAGGAGCAUAUCGCGAGCCUCAAGAAGUUCCGUCGGCAGAGGAGAGUAGUCCUUAAGGAGUUGAAGAAGCUGGACGCCAAGGCUGAAAAAGUCGUUGAGAGUUGCCAGAAGGUGCUCGGCGAUGAGGAGGCCACUCGCACAGCAAGGCACAUCUUCUGA